GAGAGCAGGGAGGUAGGGUCGGCGGCGUCUUCUAUAUUUAACUCAAACUGGAGAGAGCUAGAGAGCUGGGUCUCUCUCUCUCUCUCUCUCUCUCUCUCUCUCUCUCUCUCUCUCUCUCUCUCUCUCUGUAUGUGUGUGGUCGCUGUGACAUACACCACAACCUCCCUUGGUUGCACUUCUACGGCUGCACGCAGCAGGCAGGACUAACUGUGGACAGAUAAAGUGGAGGCGGACGACUGCCUCUCGCCACACAAACCAUGGAAGGACUCUACUUUGAAGUGAAGCCCAGAAAAGAUGAAUCGCACAGGCCCGGGAGCUCUGAGAAACCCCGCACUAAUCUAACUUCAAACCAGCAGUCGUGUCCUUCAUUUUCACAUCUCACAUCUUCCACACAGUCUCCUCAGAAACUCACCCGUGCUAGGGAGAGGACUGCAACAUGCAUAGGGAAGGUGGAGGGAGAGGAGGAGGAGGAGGAGGAGGAGGUACGAUACAAACUGACAUUGAUUGGUUCUCUGCCGGUCCACCACCUCACCACCAUGGCCAUGCUGCCCUGGGUGGUGGCUGAGAUCAGCAGGUCUCGGCCUGCAGAGAAGGAUCCAGGCACAGGGUUGCAGUCUGCAGGGCCUGCAGCUGGAGAGUUGAGCCCUUCCACCUCGAAUCAGACAGUUUUUCUAUGUGUGUCGGCAUCAUGGGUGCGAUGUGUAUCCGUUCUGGGAGAGGGAGUUGUCUGGGACCCUCUAACACAUACAGUGCUGUUUGAAUGUCGUCCUCACCAGGUGACUAAGCUAAUUCACAACAGCCAAGAACCCAACAGCUUUGGCUGCCUGGUCAGAAAGACACCAGACUGUGCCUGCUAUGUCUUCCAGUGCCAGGACAGCACCAAGGUCCCUGAGAUCAUCAGUACGUUGAGGCAGGCUGGCAAGAGCUCUGCACGCAACAAUGAUAUCACCACCAUUUCCAACAAAACUUCCACCAGAGGCAGUGACCCCUCUGAACCAUGUUUUUCUUAUCUCUCCGCAACGACAACUUCCGCAGCCCCCAUCAUUGCUGUGUCUCCGACAGCUUUUGCCAAAAAGUUUGAGGUGCUGUUUUGCGGCCGCGUGAGUGUUGCUCACAAGAAAGCCCCACCCGCCCUCAUUGAUGAGUGCAUCGAGAAGUUUAGCCAGUUACAUGGCUCAGGGACGACCGAUAAAGGAGGAAAUGUUGGGGGAUUAGUUGGUGGGCUGAGGAGGGCAUUAACCUUCCAAUCCAAUGGACUGGGAAGUGGUGCUGUUGGUAAUGGUUCUGCAGGGAGCCCCACCACCGGGAAGCGCCCUGUCCUGUUCAAGCGAGACCCCAGCUUUCCCUGCCUGCAGGCCCUGGAUGAGAACGGACUCUCACCUGAGAUUUCUCACACCAACACUACUGAUGCACUUGCCCGCUCUGCUGAAGUACAGCCCACCAGCCUGCGGGAGAACAGGACCAUGCUGUUUACGGUUGGCAGGUCUCAGAUCUUCUUGGUUAGUCCAGACACUAAGAAAGUUGCCAUAGAGAAGAGUUUCAGAGAAAUCUCCUUCUGCUCACAGGGUAUUCGUCACGUGGAUCAUUUUGGCUUCAUCUGCAGAGAAACAGUGGAAGGAGGGAGCUGCCACUUUGUUUGCUAUGUCUUCCAGUGUACAGACGAAUCACUGGUGGACGAGAUCAUGCUGACUUUGAAGCAGGCGUUCUCUGUGGCAGCCCUGCAGCAGAAUGCAAAGACCCAGAGCCAGCAGUGUGACAGCUGCCCCAUGCAGCAGCUCCACAGGCUGUGUGAGAGGAUAGAAGGUCUACACCCAUCUAAAACCAAACUGGAGCUUCAGAGACACUUGGCCACUCUGGACAAUCAGGAGCAAGCAUCAGUCUUUGAAAACACUAUGAGGGCUCGUCCUAAGAGCGAUCAAGAAGAGAAUGAGUUGGUAAUGGCCUCACUGAGGAAUCUCUAUGAGGAGAGACAGAGGAGUCAUCAGCACACAUUACCUGGAGAUGGCAAACAGGUGUGUGAGGAGGCAGGUCUGGCCCCUGUGGAGGCGCAGCAGCAGAGUAGCAGCCGCCAGCGACUUGAGCAGUUCAAGAGUCGAGCCAAGCGCUCUCUCACUGAGUCCCUGGAGGGCAUCUGGAAGGGGAGCAGCAAGGCCAGAGCUCAGAGGGACAACAGUGAAGGAAGUGACAGCAGCUCUUCCAUCUGUACUGUCAACAGCAGUCAGGACCAGCCCUGCUUAGAUGACCCCUUGCCUGCCUCCUCUCAGCUACGACCCACCAGCCCACUCAGGUGCCACAACUCAACAGGAGACCUGAAGCGCCUUGACACCUCUCUACCCCUGUCCCCCUCCUCCUCCUCUUUACCUGGUGAUGUGCAGCCACAGGGCUUCCGUCGACGGGCCAGCACCUUCAGCCACCCUCCCACUCCCUCAUCAGUACUUGAGUACUCACCGGUGCACACGCUGAUUCACACUCCACAGGACCCCACUGCUGCUAACAAGCCCAAGCUCGUGCGGCACUACUCCGUCAGCACUGACACGCCACACCAGAGCAAACUUGCACCAACCGACUCCGCCCUUCCUCCUGUUCCUCCCUGCCCUUCAUCCCCCUCUCCUCUGCUCCCUCAUCAUCCUUCCUCCCCUUCUUCUGGAGCCCGGCUCAAUAAAAGAAGUCCUCUGGGUGGUCUGCGUGCUCGUCUCCACUCCUCCUCCUCUGUCCCUAAUUUUCUGAAAUUUCAAUUUCUGGCUCCUGUCCAAGAGAAUGAUUGUCCUGAGCCAAAGAGCAGUGAUGUAGCGGCUCUCUCUACGCCAAGUGCAGCAUGUGGGGUUGGAGAAAGCCCUCUGCGCAGUCACCGCCACUCAUGGAGGCAGCAGAUCUUCCUACGGGUCGCUACACCUCAGAAGAACACAGACACCAACGAGCGGGGGGAUCCCUGUCUAGAGGGGGGUCGAGUGUGCGUGGGCCAGGUGGGAGUUGGAGGAAGUGGAGACUCAUCCAUGAGGGUGGUGCCUGAGGAGAGGACGAAAAGGAGCAAAGAGGAGCUGAGGGAGCUGUGGAGGAAGGCCAUCCUGCAGCAAAUUCUGCUGCAGAGGAUGGAGAGGGAGAACCAGAAACUACAGGCCUCAGAGAGCGACCUGCAGAACAAGCGUUUGAAGCUGGACUACGAGGAAAUCACUCCAUGUCUGAAGGAGGUCACUUUGGUGUGGGAGAAGAUGCUGGGAACUCCCGGGAGAGCAAAGAUCAAAUUUGACAAAGAGACCAUACAUGCUGCUGUUGCACAAGGUGUCCCGAGACAGCAUCGAGGCGAGAUCUGGAAGUUUCUUUCUGAACAGUACCUACUCAGGCAGACGAUCCCCUCCAAACCUCCUGCCAAUCACACUCCAUACAAAGAGCUGCUGAAACAGCUCACCUCGCAACAACAUGCCAUCCUCAUCGACCUUGGUCGCACUUUUCCCACCCAUCCAUAUUUCCAAGCCCAGCUGGGGGCAGGACAGCUGUCUCUGUAUAACUUAUUGAAAGCCUACUCACUGCUGGACCCUGAGGUGGGCUACUGCCAGGGCCUGUCCUUCAUUGCGGGAGUCCUGCUGUUACACAUGGGGGAAGAGGAUGCCUUCAACAUGCUCAAAUUUCUGAUGUAUGACGUCGGGCUUCGUAAACAGUACAGGCCUGACAUGAUUAUCCUGCAGAUUCAGAUGUACCAGUUGUCACGGCUGCUCCAUGACUACCACAGGGAUCUUUACAGCCAUCUAGAGCAGCAGGAGAUUGGACCCAGCUUAUACGCCACCCCCUGGUUCCUCACCGCCUUUGCCUCACACUUCCCCCUCGGCUUCGUGGCCAGAGUCUUUGAUAUGUUGUUCCUGCAGGGGUCAGAGGUCAUCUUCAAGGUAGCCUUGAGCCUGCUGGGGAGCCACAAGCCUCUGAUCCUGCAGCACGACAGCCUGGAGUCCAUCGUGGACUUCAUCAAGACCACCCUGCCCAACCUGGGCCUGGUUCAGAUGGAGAAAACCAUCAACCAGGUGUGUGAGAUGGAUGUUUCUAAGCAGCUCCAGGCCUAUGAGGUGGAGUACCACGUCCUGCAGGAUGAGCUGCUGGACACGCCCCCGACCCUCAACCAACACCAGCGAGCAGCACAGCUGGAAAGGACCAAUCAGAGCCUCCGACAGCAGAACCUUGACCUGCUUGAGGAGCUGCAGGUGUCCCAGGCUCGUGUGUGCAGCCUGGAGAGUCGAGUGGAGGUUUUGGUCCAGUCGGAGGGACGACUGAGGGAGCAGGUAUCUGCACUGGAGGAGGAGAAGAAUCAGUUGCUGAGCACCGUCACACGCCUCCAGGACCUCCUCACCAGCCUCGGCAUACACAACCCCCCUGAUGGACACACGCUCUCCUCACCUACUGAAAGACAUGCAGCCUCAGCAGCAGCAAAGACAGAAGACAGAAAGGGGCUGGCGAACAGGACUGAGGACCCCCUUCUCCACAUGCUUGCUCUUCCAGAGGGUUCGUAACUACAGGCAAUAAAUUUCCAAACAGUAAGGUCAACCAGAGGAGGAGCCGGCUGUGGAAGACCCAGGAGGAGAGGGUCAAGGGAGACGUCAAGAUGACUCCCUACCUCGACCUUUGUCCUCUUCCCAGCUCCAGAAUGUUUUAAUAAAAAGAGGCGGGACAGAGGAAGUUGGAUGUAUAACAGGGAGGAGAAGAAUGGAAAUACAACAAAAAAUGGGGAUUAGGUUAAGAGAGAAAGAAAAAUAAAGGAUGGCACCCUUGAGUAUUAUCCCAAAACAUUUCACAUGCCCUCUUCCAACUCUCUAACAAAUAUAAAUGAACAUGUGAUUUGACCAACAAUCCCCAAAGUUAGCAUGGUCUCACUGGGCCUGUGCUGUAAAAACAAAACAGUUACAUUUGCACCUGUAUUUGUAUGUUUGUGUCUUUGAAUGUCUGUGAGUGCUGUCACUCGUGGAUUUUAUGCUCCGACGAGAAGGUUUUUUUAACUGCGUCGCAUGCAAAGAGGCUAAAAUAGCCAAAGACUGUCCCUGUCAAUGUAAGACGAGCUCAAACAAAGACUCAGAUACUCAAAUAGUAUCCUGAAACAUGUUAUCGAUCACCCUCACACUCCACAGGAGUACAAAGAUGAAAUGCCUCCAAAGAAGCGUGACAGGAAAGUGAGAUGAAGGGACGGGUGAAGAAAUAAACUUCAUGACAAAGUGUUUUUCUGUUAAAAAGGUUGAAUAUGAUUUAAUUUAAAUGAUGUAAGAUCUUGGAUGGUGGUGCUCAUAUUCGGAGGUCAGAGUUGAACUAUUUUUUGUUUCCUCCUCCGCUUUUCUAGUCUUCCACAGUGUUUGCUUCCUGAUCCUGUAUUUUAACUUCAUUUAGUUACAGUAGCUUACAGGAAGAGUAACACAAUAAAUAGAGUCCAUUUCACAUCCUGUUUUUUUCACCUUUGAAUACACGUCAAUCUGUCUGUGUAGGAAGGGAAAUAGAAAAACAGUUUCAGCAGAAAAACUGUAAAACAGUAGCAUUGUUUUUCUCAUGAGAGGAACUACACCCUUUUUUUUUAGAGCCUGAUCAAUUACUUUAAAUUGCUGCAAAACAAACUUAUGUCUGAAAGUUCAAACAGGAGACCUCUGCUGUUGAGACAAUCUGUCAGCUAGAAAUCAUUUACUGUAUUCAACACACUGAAUUCAUUCAACCCGAGCUGCAGAUUGGUGUGUUCCUAUGUGAAUGUCUAAAUGUGUCACUGUGUGUUUGUGCACUUCACUGAUCAACAAAUCUGUUGAUUUACACUGUAAAGAUACUUUGCUCUUAUUCCUGACUCUCAUUGCACAUGUUUUUGUUUUAUUGAUUAUUGCUAUUGUUGUAAUGUACUUUAAAAUACAUUUCAUAUCCUUUCAUCACA